AUGCAUUCCGGUGAAAUUUCUGCUGCACAGCUGACUUUCUGGUCUGCAUUCUCACUUCUAAGGUUAAAUAUCUUCCUCCUUCCUCUUUAGCCUCGUCCUCUCCUACCACCCCAGGUCAACAUCAAUGCUAUCAUGGCUUUGAUACUGGUACUCCUCAAGCUGGCGCUCUUUGCAGCUACUAUCAGAGCCGUCGACUUCCCCUCUACAUGUGACGAUGACUGCAGAGCCACCUACGACCAGGCCUUCGCCCUCGACGCUGGCCUGUGGGAGAACCCCGACCUCUCCAGCCACCCUCUCUAUUCAACCUCCGAGAACCUUGACGACUACUCUAUCGGUUCCCUUAUAAAAUGGCAAGACGAGCCUGCUAGCACUGCUUCCGAAUCAUUCUGGGUUCCGUCCGGUCUGUCAUUCUCGCGCUUCUCCUAUGUCAGCCAGGACAUCAAUGGCGCCUUACUUCCAGCCUCCGCAUUCGUUCUCACCCCCUACCAUAAUCCCCUGGGCACCGAUAAGCCUUUCCCUGUCGUCGUCUGGGCGCACGGCACCGCCGGCUACACACCCCAGUGCGCGCCCUCCAACGACAGACGCCUUCAAUACCAAUGGCAAGGGCCCUUCGCACUCGCGCAGCAGGGCUACGUCGUCAUCGCCCCCGACUAUGCGGGUCUGGGCACCACCAUCCCCAACGGCUUCAUGUACAAUGCCGGAAUAGCCCACGCCAACGACGUCAGCCUGGCCGUCAAUGCUGCACGCGCGCACCUCAGUGACCAAAUCUCAGACGAGUGGGUCGUCGUCGGCCACAGCGAAGGAGGCCUCACAGCCUGGCGAACCGCGCAGCGCGAAGUCGAUCACAAGCGCGCUGUUGGCGGGUUCAUCGGCGCCGUCGCAAUCUCUCCAGCCAUGGAAGUCAUGUCCUUAGUGCCCUGGGUGAUUGAAAAGGCCAAAGGCGGACCGCUUCAAGAGGUCUUCAUUCCGUACAUGCUUCGGUCUAUUGCGCGUCUGUUUCCGUCGUUCGAUCUCGCCAAGUACGCCACCAAAAGGCUCAUUGAGAUUUCGGAGCUCUCGAUGGAUGGGUGUCUGAACGUCGCCAUCCCGCUGCUCUGGAAUAUGACACUCGCCGAUAUGUACCUCAACGAAGCCAAUUUUACUUCUGCCCCUGAGGUACAACAGUGGCAGCGGCAGUAUCAUGGCAAUGGCUCCCAUGAGCUCGGCGGUCCACUGCUCGUGCUCCAUGGCGAGACGGACUUUAUCCUCCCUCAUUCGCAUAUUGAGAAGAUCUUCGACGAGCAGUGUGAUGCUUUCCCCGAGUCUGCUGCUCAGUAUAGACUUCUCCCUGGGCUUGACCAUGACGGCGUCGUCCAGGCUUCCCACGCAGUCUAUUUCCCAUGGAUUGCGGAUCGGUUUAACGGGAGGGAACUGGAGGCUGGAUGUACUAAGGAUAAGAUUAGACCUGCUACUCAGCGGUUUUCUACUGUCGAACAGGUCUGGAUAUCUGGAGGGCAGCUGUAUGUUGAGUGACGACGAAUUGUGGACCUAGAAGUUGG